CCCAGUUGUGGCGCUGACGUUUGGAGCCAUGUGAUGGGCCCCCUUUCGCUAUAAGGAGAGAAGAAAGGCCGCCCUCUUCUGGACUCAGCCCCAGCCUUUUCAAGACCUUUCCCAAGACUCUUCCCCCACACCGCCCCCCAAUACUAAUCGCUCUCCUCCUUCCCUGGAUCCAUUAAUGUCCGAGGGCUCCUGCGAGGAGGAGAAAGAGAGGAACCAACUCCAGGGCGCAGCCAAGGGGGAGAGAUUUCCCGCUGCCUGCUCGGCUGAGGCUACUGCUGGCUGCUGUGUUUGUUGCUUGUUCGCACCAGGGCAGCAGAUCCUGGCUGUGUCUGGGCGGAUUCGCCGCCUGGAGCAAAGCAGGGGGACUCCAGCGUGCACGGCUCCCCGGCCCCGAUGAGCAGCUCCGACAAGCCAUGACUCUGAGCUCGGAGAUGUCCGAUGCCUCGGCACUGGCUGAAGAGACCGACAUCGAUGUGGUGGGCGAGGAGGAAGACGAGGAGCCCCGGCGCGGCGGGCGCCCCUAUGCCCAGGAGGAGGAAGAGGAGGAGGAGGAGGACGACGAGGAGGUGGGGGAGCUCCCCGAUGACAUCUCGCUGCCCAGGUCCCCGGCGUGCGGCGACGCGGGCAGCUCCCCCACCUCCUCCCAGCGCCCCUACAAGGCGGCGGCGGGCGGCGGCGGGGCCAGCAAGAACAGCCUGGUGAAGCCGCCCUACUCCUACAUCGCGCUCAUCACCAUGGCCAUCCUGCAGAGCCCCAAGAAGCGCCUGACGCUCAGCGAGAUCUGCGAGUUCAUCAGCGGCCGCUUCCCCUACUACCGGGAGAAGUUCCCCGCCUGGCAGAACAGCAUCCGCCACAACCUCUCGCUCAACGACUGCUUCGUCAAGAUCCCCCGCGAGCCCGGCAACCCGGGCAAGGGCAACUACUGGACCCUGGACCCGGAGUCCGCCGACAUGUUCGACAACGGCAGCUUCCUGCGCCGGAGGAAGCGCUUCAAGCGGCAGCAGCUGCCGGCGCCCGAGCUGCUGCUGCGCGGGGUGGAUCCCGGCACCUUCUUGCAGCAGCCGCCGCCGCCGCAGCAGCCGGCGCCCUACGGCUACGGACCGUACAGCUGUGGAUAUGGCAUUCAGCUCCAGCCUUACCACCCCCACUCCGCCGCUCUCUUUGCCUUUCACCACCACUCCCCGCCGGCCCGGCAGCCGCCCCCGGGCGCCGCCGGCCCAGUCCUGCCUCCUGCUGCUGCUCCGGCAGCUCCUCCAGCUUCCUUACUGCCAGCGGCGGAGCUGGCCAGGACCUUCAGCUACCCGCCGCAGCUUAGCCCGUCCCUGACUUCUCUGCACGCUGCCAAAUCCAGCAGCUCGGCUCUGGCCCGGUCUCCCUUCUCCAUUGAGAGCAUCAUCGGGGGGGUUGGCAGCAGCUGUGCCUCCCAGUCUGCCGUGGUUCCAGUCUUAGCCAGGUCUCUGGUUUCCUCUUCCUCCGUUUCUUCUGCCGCCGCGGCCUUAGGGGCACUGCACCAAGGGACAGCCUUGUCUAAUGUCGAGAACUUUACUGCUAGGAUUUCAAACUGUUAACGAUUUAAAGUCUUUCAGAAGGUAGGAUUCGAGGUCUAUCUUUUUUUCACCUACACGAAUUGAAACGGACAUUUUAUGCAGCCGAUUUGUGUCCUGCCACUUUGUUGUUCGGUACCUAUAUUUAUGCAAAGCCAAUUCUAUAUGCUGCAUAGGCAGAAACUUUUGUUGUUGGAAAGUUAUAUCUUAUUCCUUAAAAAAAUAUCUCUAAACCAUUGAAGUUCGGAGAUUCUCAGGUCCAGGAAUUCAAAAACAAUAAUGUACAAGAGAAAUGAAAGGUCUUGAGGGAGGACAAUAAAGCAAUACUUUUUCAUUUUAGUACACUUGUCUCAUGUACUUUUAUAAAAGGAAAUUAACAUGUUUACACCGAAGAAAGUCAAGAUUAUCCUUUCUUAUUUUAACCUGUGUUUGUAUAAUAGACAUGCGGAGUUUUUAUUUUGUACGUUAUGCGUAUUCUUUACAAGGAAUGUUGUUAA